AUUAUGUUCAAGAAUAUGGCAUCAGGUCCUUCUGGCCCUCCUAUUCCACCUUCAGGAAAUUCUGAUAAGGGCAAGGGGAAGAAAACUUACGUAGUGAAGUUGAUGACACGUUUCAAUAAUGAAAUUGGUUCAACCAGUCAACCAACUACACCUACCUCUACCUCUAUUGGUAGAUCUUUUCCACCUCCAUUAGUUGUUCCUGCCUUCACUCCCACUCCACAUCAAGUUCCUACAUCUUCACCUACCUCUAUUGGUACAUCUCUUCCACCUCCAAUACAAGUGACUGGCUUGACACCCACUCCAUACCAAGUGCCUCCUUAUCUUCAGGCUUCACUCUCUCCCAAUGUUGGUUCUAACCCAUCAACUCCCAGAAAUAUUGCAGCAUCACCUGGUAUAGAGGAUGCAGAUCCACAUUCUAGUUCAGCCGCCAAUAACAUGGAAGCAUGUUCCAAUAGUCGUCCAAUGAUUACAUCCGUUGGAGGAGGGUUUUAUCCUACAAAAACUGCAUCCAAGGCAAUCACAGCCACCAUCAAGGAACAGUUUGAUGAGCCAUGGCUAACAUGGGGUGCAAUCCCUAAGUCAACCAGAGAUGUCUUCUUCGAACGUUUUAAGAGAAGGGUUUCAUGGAAGCCUGAAGAUGAGGAAAAGGUCAAAAAAAAUUAUCACACCAAGGCAUCUCAUAGACUCUCAGAGAUGUAUAAAAAAGCUAGAACUCUAGGAAAAAGACCUGAUUGGCUGGGGGACGAUACUUGGAAUGCUCUUUUGGAAAAGUGGAACAUGCCACUUUAUAGACAAAAGUGUGAAAUGGCAAAGAAGAAUCGGACAUCUGAAAAGGGUGGUUGUUUACACACUGGAGGAUCUAUAAGCGUGAAUGAGCAUGUUAUUCGUUUGUCACAAGAGCUUGGUCGGUCUGUGCAUGUUGAUGAAAUAUUUCAGCAGACACAUAUUCGUCAAUCAACAGGAGAUUUUGUGGACGAAAGAUCUGAGACUGCAUUUGUUGGUGUCUCAACAUCUUCUCCUCUAGACCCUGCGGAGGAGGAAAGAUUGAGAAACCGAUGUUGGUUAGAGGCUGCUUGUGGAAAAUACAAGGGACGCGUAUACGGCAUUGGAAAUGUCACUUCCCAAGAUGACUGUGUUGAUAGUUACAUCCAACAAACACAGGCAUCUUCUACUGCUCAACCUCAAAAUUCAGAAGAAAUUCUUAACCUGAAAUCGCAGUUACAAAAAUAUGGUCAGCAGCUUCAAAAUCUUGAAGGCUUUAUUGGCGUCCUCCUGCCAUUCCUUCCGCCUUCAGCCGCCGCGGCUGCACAACAAUUUUUAAACCUUCAAAAUCCUCAAGUUCAAAAUGACGUACCCAAUGUAGUCCAACCAGAACAGCAACCUCCAGAACAGCAACCACCACACCAGCAACCACCAGAUGAACAACCACAAGAUGGAAAUGAUUACAUGCAUUAUUAG